AUGGCUCCGCCGCCGCACCAGAAACCCGAAAAUGUGUUGAAGCGGGCAAAUGAGCUCAUCGGUGUCAACCAGGCACCGGCGGCUCUGACCCUGCUUCACGAGCACAUCACUUCGAAGCGUUCUCGAAAUGUGCCCAUCGCCUCGCUCGAGCCGGUGAUGGUCUUGCUCGUCGAGCUGUCGGUAGAGCAGAAGAAGGGCAAGAUUGCCAAGGACGCCCUGUACCAGUACAAGAACAUUGCCCAGAACACCAACGUCGGCACCAUCGAGCUGGUCCUGAAGGAGUUUAUUGAGCGCGCUGUCGCCAAGGUCACGGACGCCCAGAAGAAGGCCGACGAUGUGCAGUCCACGCUCGAAGCGUCCCAGGCCCAGGCCGGCACCAGCAGCAUCGACGAUCUCGAGGCUUCCGAGACCCCGGAGUCCAUCCUGCUCGCAACUGUGUCGGGCGAGGUGUCCCGCGACCGGACCGACCGUGCCAUCGUCACGCCGUGGCUGAAGUUCCUGUGGGAGGCGUACCGUACCGUUCUGGACAUCCUCCGCAACAAUGCCCGUCUCGAGCUGCUGUACCAGAGCACGGCCAUGCAAGCGUUUGACUUCUGUCUCAAAUACGCCCGCAAGACCGAGUUUCGCCGUCUCUGCGAGCUGCUGCGCAACCACGUGCAGACGGCUGCCAAGUACUCGACGCAGAUGCACGCCAUCAAUCUCAGCGAGCCCGACACGCUGCAGCGCCACCUCGAGACCCGUUUCCAGCAGCUCAACGUUGCCGUCGAGCUCGAGCUCUGGCAGGAGGCUUUCCGCAGCGUGGAAGACAUCCACACGCUGCUGAGCCUGAGCAAGCGCCCGGCCAAGAACAUCAUGAUGGCCAAUUACUACGAGAAGCUCACUCGCAUCUUCCUCGUGGGCGAGAACUACCUCUUCCACGCUGCGGCCUGGUCGCGCUACUACAAUCUUCUCCGCCAGUCUGCCUCUCUGUUAGCUACCGGUCAGGGCAAGAAGUCCGACAACCCGUCGACCUCGGAAGCUGAUCUCACCAAGGCUGCCUCCUUUGUGCUUCUCUCGGCCCUUUCCAUUCCCGUCAUCAGCACCUCGCGUUCGCGCGGUGCUAUGGUCGACUUUGACGAGGCGAAGAAGAACAAGAACUCGCGUCUGACACACCUGAUCGGCAUGAACCAGGCCCCUACGCGUGCCGGCCUGUUCCGUGAUGCCCUGUCCAAGGCACUGCUGCGUCGGGCCCGCCCAGAAAUCCGGGACCUUUACAACAUCCUCGAAGUGGACUUCCACCCGCUCUCGAUUUGCAAGAAGAUCUCGCCGAUUCUGGCAAAGAUUGGCGAGGACGAGGAGAUGAAGCGGUACAUCCUGCCGCUGCAGCAGGUCAUUCUGACGCGCCUGUUCCAGCAGCUCUCGCAGGUGUACGAGACGGUGGACCUCGACUUUGUUGAGAGCCUGGCACAGUUCCCAGAGUCGUACCAGGUGACGCGUGCCACUGUCGAGAAGUUCAUUAUGAAUGGCAACAAGAAGGGUGAUCUCGCGAUCCGCAUGAACCACGCGACAGGCGUGCUGAGCUUCGACACAGACAUAUUCUCGUCUGCCAAGGCCAUCCACGGCGGUUCUGCGGCAGGCUCGGCCGAGGCGGAGUCGAAGUCGGUGCAGCGGCUGCAGAGCACGCCAUCGGAGAUUGUGCGGUCACAGAUCAGCCGGCUGGCCAAAUCUCUGUACACGACGUGCUACUACAUCGACUCGUCCUUCAAUGAGUCGCGCAUCGAGGCGCGGCAGGCUGUGCUGGCCCGCGCCAAGGCCGGGGCCGAUCAGGAGCACGAGGAUAUUCUUGGACGGAAGGACAUCAUCCAGAAGCGCAAGGAGCAGGUGUCGGAGCUGCAGGCGAAGCGCGAGAAGGAAAAUGCCAAGAUCAAGAAGCUGCGCGAGCAGGCCCUUCUGGAGGCAGAGCAGCAGCGGCAGUUGCAGGAGCAGAAGGAGCGCGAGCUCAAGCGUCUGGAGCGCGAGCGCGAGCAGAUCCGCCAGACCGAGGUGGAGAACAUGAUCAAGGAGCUAAAGAUCGGAAUCAAGUCCAAGGACAUUGACACAGAGAAUCUGGCCAGCCUGGACCCGCAGAAGCUACGUGCCAUUAAGCUGGCACAGCUUGAGCGGGAGAAGAACGACAUCAACGAGAAGCUGCGGAUCACGGGCAAGCGGAUCGACCACAUCGAGCGGGCGUACCGCAAGGAGGAGGUGAAGAAGCUGGCGGAGGACUACGCUGAGCAGCAGAAGCGGGACCGGGCCGCGUACGAUACGGUGAAGAAGGAGACGUUGAUUGAGGCGAAGCGCAAGCACGAGGCGAACGUGGAGCUGAAGCACCGGCUCAGCCGGCUGGUGUCGCACUUUGAGGAGUUCCGGGCGGAGAUUGUGGACCGGCGCAGCGACGAAUUCGAGCGGCGCCACCGGGAGGCAGAGCGGGAGCUGGAGAAGCAGAUCGCAGCACGCAAGAAGGAGUACCGCGAUCGCAAGCUGCGCGAGAAGCGGCAACGGGAAGAGGAGGAGCGGCAGCUGCGCGAGGCCGAGGAGCGGGCAGCACGCGAGAAGGAAGAGCAGAAGAGACAGGAGGAGGCGCGGAAAGAGGAGAUGGCACGACUCAAGGCGCAGCGCGAAUCCGAGCGGCAGGAGAUGGCCGAGAAGGCGGCACUGCAGGCGCGACGCGAAGAGGAGGCACUGGCAAGACGAAAGGCCGAGCGCGAGAAGCAGAGCGCAGCACCUUUUCGGCGCGAGACGGCACCGGUCGAGGCUGCCCCUUCGUCGGAGCGGCGGCCAGUGCUCAAUCUUCCCGGAGGCAAGGGCUGGCGCGAGAGAGAAGCAUCAAAGGCAACGACGGGCACUUCCGACGACAGUGCGACUCCUCCGGCAUCCCGACUGCCUCCGCGCACGAGCACGCCGAUGGAGCGGACGGAUUCGAACGAGCGUCCGAGCGAGCGGUUCAGCGAACGCCCGAGCGAACGUUUCAGCGAGCGCCCGAGCGAGCGCCCGAGCGAGCGUUCGUCUGGGCCGCCGCGGAUUCAGCUGGCUGGUGGCAGCAAGCCGUCGUGGCGUGACCGCGAAGCCGCGAAGACGGGCGGUGGUGGUGCGGAUGGCGCCGGUAAGGACAGCCCACCGCCACGGUCUUUCUCCGGUCGUGGUCCUCCGUUGGCGCGGACAGGCUCGUCACGCGGCGAUGUUGGUCGUGAGAACGGCCGCGACUCGCCGGCACUGCCCAAGGAGACACUCGCACCGUCUGGUGCACCGGGCAAAUGGGUGCCGCGGUCUCGGCGUGGUGCUGAGUAA